AUGAUUUCUCUCAGGACAGGAACGAUUAUAUCGGUGUUAGCGGUAUUAUUGGCUUAUCUGUAUGUUCAAAAGUAUGGCAAAGAACCAAAACCACAACCGGGCGAGGGAGACCAGAAUCGACUGUAUCAAGUUUUGUCAGGCCUCCUGCGAGCCGAGAAAAAAGUGGCCCUCGUUGGAAGUCGUGUAGCGUUGGGAUUCGGAGGCUGUCAGGAUAUUCUUGUAGAAGCAAUGCCGUUAUUUAAGAAGCUAGAUAUCCAGCCUCCAUCCAAACCAAUGCAUCACGACUCCGUGGAUACAGAGGAAGAGCUGUCACAAUUGUUAGCCUACUUCUUCGAGCACGGUGCGGCAGCAGAGCGAUAUGUCAGCAAUGAUACCCUUUUCAAAGAACUGACAGACACAUCUAAGACUUUACCAGGGAACCGUGUUUUCCUGGGUGGAAAUGCUCCAGUGAUGGCACGCCGUUUAGCAAACAUGGGUGCAGACGUCUUGUUGGGUGCAAGAUUUGCAAAAGAUCUCAUCAACACCAUGCCAGACAAUGUUAAGAUUGUAGGUGAUGUAUUGGAGGAGAAUGACAUCCACUUGUUGUUAGAAUAUAAGACAGGUGAAGCCUGGGGAGAAUAUCGGGCACCUCGUGCUAACAGGCUGAUUGUACACAGUGAUAAUAGUAACCCUUACCUGGAGACAUUAGAAGCAUUGGAGAAGGAACUACCAAACUUUGAUCCAUCUGUUCUAGUCAUCGGUGGACUGCAAAUGAUGGACAACUUCCCUUUCAAAGAAGGAGAAAGAUUGGAACGUCUUGAUAAGCUAAAGAAUAUGCUGAUAAAAACACCUAAGAAAACAAGCAUCCAUUUUGAGAUGGCUUCAUUUUCUGAUGCAACCCUGAUGCAGGAGAUUUUAGACAAUGUAGUUCCUUAUUCUGAUUCUCUUGGGAUGAAUGAACAAGAGUUACCAAACCUAGUCAGUAUGUUGACCAAUGGCAACAUUUCUCUGGUGGCAGAUGCCUAUCCAAGAGUAGCAUCCACGCUUGAUGAAAUGCGAUUGAUCUACAAAAAAUUAAAGAACACAGAAGAAAUUGAUGGAAAGCGUAAACUAACACGUCUCCAUGUACAUACACUGGCAUACCAGGCCAUACUUACAACCAAAGGGUCGGCUUGGAGAAACACAAUGGCUGCAGCCGCCAAAGCUUCUCUGACAGCAUACCGUCAUGUCUGUGAUUCAAAGGUUGUGGAUUUGAUGAAGGCUCGACUUAUAAUGGAUGAGUCUUUCUCCACGAGUACGAUGUCAUCAGCCCAGCGGAUAGCCAUGCAAGAGGAUCGCCCGGUGUCAUGCUGGGAGGAGGAUGACUACCAGAUUUGUAUUGCCCCUGUGUUAGUCUGUACAAAUGUCAAACAGACAGCAGGGGGAGGGGAUAAUAUUUCUUCUGCUGGAUUAAUAGUACAAGUAGAAUGAUUCUUACAAAUAUUUCAUUUACAAUCUACAAAAUUAAUUGGAUAUAUUUCGGUAAUUUCUUGAUAAGAAAACUUCAUUCGCAUAAUUGAAAUGCAGAUUUGUAACAUUUGAAAAAAAAAGAAAAAAGAAGAAGAAAUUAAUUUAAUACAAAACGUGUAACUUUGUUUAGAAUAUUAUUUUCCAAAUUUUCUGUAAUUUGCAGAUAAUUGUUAUUAAGGCCACUAAUUUUUCCAACAUAUUAAUACUCCAUACAUUUCCAUGAACUCCAUAUUUCCCAGUUUCUAAUACCAGCAAAUUCAACUUUGUGCAUUUUUAUCAUUGAAACACCUGUUAGGUUUUUAUUAAUAUAAUGUAUUUAGAAAAUUUGAAAUUCAAAAUUGAUUGGGAAAUUGGAUUUUGCUAUGCAUACAGUUUUAACCAGUACAGCAGUCAAUAUCUGUCUCUUCUUGCAUUCUUAUUGAUACAUUUGAUAAACUGUAUUUGCAUUUUCAAUAUCUUGCACAUAUCCAUUAUGUUUUAUUAUUAUUUCUAAAUUGCACUUAAUCUUUUAUGGAUUUUGAAGUUAAAACAAAGCAAAACUUAACUGAAAUUCCUCUUUUGGCUACCAAGUCAUAAAAUCUAGGUGUCACUUGGAAAAAUUAGUCACCUGGUCUAGUUGUCGUAAGUUAUAAAAAAAAAACCUCUUAAUUCUUUAGAUCAGUUUAACAUCUCUAACUGUAACCCUUGAAAGAUAAACCAAAUCACUAAUUUACAUAAUUUUUUUAGUGGCCAUGCAGGCACCUUAUAGGUCAAUAACUGGUCGUAAAUAUUGAAUUUAAGGUGCCAUGGCCACUAAAAUAGGCGCCACAUUGAGCCCUGCUUAUAAGUAUUGCAGAAAUGAA